AUGAAAUACCUACAUCAAAUCUCCAGAAGUCCCUCUCUCUCGAUAAAAGCUCUGUUCCUGUUACUUUUAAGCUCAGGUCUUGCAUCGCUACUGCAAGGUGAGAUAAACCUAUCAGAUAAGCCUGGGUAUCAUUGCAAGAAAAAAGUAUACCUGUUCAGUGAGGUUGAAACAGCUCGUAAAGCAGCUUGCAAUGCAUUCGUAUCAAUAAGAAAACGUGCAAGAAGACCCCUUGUUCAUACCUAUGAUACCGAUAUAGAGAAUUUGAUAUAUGAAUGGACAUUUCCAUUGUCUAUAUCCAAAGAUUCUGAAGGUAAAAGGAGAGAAAAUAUAGAAAAAAUAACCUUCAACAACAACUGUGAACUCAAAGACGUGCUUUAUUACCACCGUAAAUCACAAGAAUUUAAGUCUUGUAUUAAAGUACCUAAGGCUUCAACGAGUACGAAUCCUGGGAUAAACCAAGUCCCCUCAGAAACUUCUGUUCAGUGUGGAUCUUUAUCAUGGGAAAUUAAAGAGAUUCAACGACAUUCAAGUAAACGCUUGUCCAAUUUCUUAGAUAGUUUUUUUGAAGUAGAGGACACGUCUCAUGAAAUUGAUGGCCCAUGGAAAAGAACCAUUCUGAAAAAACAUGUAAUUAUAAACCAAGUUUCACAAAAUAUACGCUACGAAAUUAUAGUAAACAAUCAGUAUGAAGUUCACGCUAUCAUAGUAAUGCACUAUAUAAGUCAUAAAUUAAUUGCAGCCUCUAAAGCUAACAACGAUAUAAAUGAUAUAGUGAGAAGGAAACCGAUUCAUUAUAAAAACAGUAUACGACUUGUAUGCAUGCUUGACAAAGUCUUUCCGCUUUUCCCCAGUAAGAAAAUGUCGGAUCUAGUGAAGUCUCGCAAGCGAAAGAGCCGAGAUUAG